GAGGAAUGCAGUGCCCAAAUAGCAGUGCGCUACAGGAGACGCGCAGCUGUAACGAGCACUCUUGCACUGUGUAUCAUUGGCAGACCGGCCCGUGGGGACAGUGCAUAGAGGAUACGUCUGUCUCUGCUUUCAACUCCUCUGCCAACUGGAACGGGGAGGCCACCUGUUCCGUGGGGAUGCAGACAAGAAAGGUUAUCUGUGUGAGAGUCAACGUGGGACAAGUGGGCCCGAAAAAAUGCCCUGAGAGCCUCCGACCAGAAACCGUGAGACCUUGUCUCCUUCCCUGCAGGAAGGACUGUAUUGUGACUCCAUUCAGUGACUGGACAUUAUGUCCUUCUUCAUGUCAAGAAGGGGGUGUCGCAGUGAGGAAGCAGUCCCGUCACCGAGUCAUCAUCCAGCUCCCCGCCAACGGUGGCCGAGAGUGCCCGGACUCCUUGUUUGAGGAAAAGGACUGUGAAACUUCUCCUGUCUGCUAUAACUACAGGUGGAAGACUCACAAGUGGCGCAGGUGCCAGCUAGUGCCGUGGUAUGUGCGCCAAGACAGUCCAGGAGCACAUGAGACUUGUGGACCUGGACUACAAGCAAGAGCAAUUACUUGUCGCAGACAAGACGGAGGACAGGCUGACAUCAGUGAGUGCCUUAAAUACUCUGGCCCGUUACCACCGUUAACACAGACGUGCCAGAUUCCCUGCCAAGAUGACUGUCAGUUUACAAACUGGUCAAAGUUUUCUUCCUGUAAUGGGGACUGUGGAGGAGUACGGACAAGGAAACGCACUCUUGUCGGUAAGGGAAAAAGUAAGAAAAAGGAUAAAUGCAGAAAUUCUCAGUUGUAUCCUCUAAUUGAGAAUCAAUUUUGUCCGUGUGACAAGUACAGUGCUCAGCCUGUGGGAAACUGGUCGGACUGUAUUUUGCCAGAGGGGAAGCUGGAAGUAUCGCUGGGGAUGAAGGUUCAAGGAGAUGCUAAGGAGUGUGGACAAGGCUACCGGUACCAGGCCAUGGCGUGCUAUGACCAAAACAAUCGGCUUGUGGAAACAUCACGAUGCAACAGUCAUGGUUAUAUUGAGGAAGCCUGUAUUAUUCCAUGUCCCUCAGACUGCAAACUCAGUGAAUGGUCCAACUGGUCUCGCUGUAGUAAAUCCUGUGGAAGUGGGGUAAAGGUUCGGUCUAAAUGGCUCCGUGAAAAACCCUACAACGGUGGAAGACCCUGUCCAAAACUAGAUCACGUCAAUCAG